AUGAAACUUUCCUAUCUAGCCUUUCAAGCUUUCGCUGGCUUAGCUAUUGCCAAACUUGAAAGAACUAGUAUCAACCAAGGUGACGGUUAUGCCGAGUUUAACACAUGCUUUGCUCCAUGUAAAUCACUUGAUUAUGAUUACACAAAGCUAAACUUGGGCUUGCUAUCAACUUCUUAUGAUGCUCUUUGUGGAUAUCCUCCGGCUACUGGGUGCUUACUUUUGUGUUCUUACGCUAUCAGCGGAAAUGAUACAGCUAAAUUACCCAAGUUUGCAGCAGACAUGGCCAGCACUUGUGGCUACAGCUCAUACAAUUACACCGAAUCAUACUAUGCUGAACAGUACUCCAAUGCAACGCAAUAUUACAAGCCUUUGUCUCAAAUCAACUUUUCUGAACCUCUUUACAAUCCUACUAUUCCAAACCUGACUGCCCUAGCAAUUAGCUAUAAAGCCUCAUUGGCUGGUAACUAUAAUACAGAUACAGGUACCUGGUUUAGUGUCGGUCUCUGCGGAUACUUUUUGCUAUUGAUUCUAAUUGGCUCAAUCUACAAUUUCUGCAGACAGGUUGGUUUUACCAAGUCCCUGAACAAUUGUAAGCUUUCAAAGCUAUGCCAGAAAUUCAUCGUUUACCCAGCAUUACUCCCCAAUGGUAAGUUUGUUCAACCUUAUGGCUUCAAAUAUUUGUCAGCUUUAUUUCCCAACAGAAUCCAAUUUUUAACCGACUUAUUCCUCUUUGGUCUCCAUGUUGGUUAUUUCUGUGCUCCUUAUAGAUAUGUGAGGCCAGCUCAAUACACAAACUUUGUUGCCAAGCGUGCAGGCGUGUCAGCAUUGGGUAAAAUCCCACUUUUUAUUCUUUUUGCCGGAAGAAACAACUUUUUACUUUACAUUACAGGAUGGUCUUAUUCAACCUUUUUACACUUUCACAAAGUUUUAGCCGGCUGGAUGUUUGUUGAUGGUUUGGUACAUGGGGUAGGCUAUACCAUUGUAUACCGUGGCUUUUAUGUCCAAACACUCCACAAUCAACCAUAUUUUGCGUGUGGUAUCGCUAUUCUUACCAUUGCUGGUACACUUUUACUUCAUUCGUUCCAUAUGUUCAGAUCUAAAAGUUAUGAGUUUUUUGUUACAACCCAUAUUCUGAUGGCUCUUGCAUUCAUUAUACUUCUAUGGUAUCAUGUUAAAAAUUUUGGAUGGAUGGAAUGGCCAGUCGCAGCAUGUUGUGUAUGGUUUUUUGACAGAUUAGUUCGAGUGAUCAGAAUGUCCAUUUUCGGGGUUAGGACAGCAACCAUCACUGCUAUUGGUGAGAAUCUAAUUAAGGUCGAAGUGAAGAAGCCAUCAUGGUUCUACCACACUCCUGGAACCUUUGGAUUUAUUUAUUUUGGUGGUAUACUCUUUUGGGAAAACAAUCCUUUCACUAUGUCUGUUCAAGGAGAAAAAAUAUGUGCCUUUAUUAGGGUCAAAAAAGGCGUUACACAAAGAUUGUGGAAAACUUUGGUGGCCAAUAACAAUCAACUGACACGUAAGGUCUGUAUUGAGGGACCUUAUGGGGGUAUGAAUUUUUCAAAAUUUAGGAAGUACAAUGACACUCUACUCUUAGCUGGUGGUUCUGGUGCACCAGGUAUUCUAGAAGCUGCAGCUGAAGUAAAAGCAGGUAAACUCAUUUGGAUCGUUCAGAAUUUACACUUUGUUUCUUGUUACCAACAUCUAAUUAAUAAUGUUAGUAUUGCCAUUGAUAUCUAUGUUACCCAAGAAAUUUCUGAUAAUAGAACUUGCUCUUUGAAGGAAUUAUUUUCGGAAUCAGAUUCAGAUAUCAAAAGUACAGAAAGCUCCGACAAGGUUUCUGAAAAGAUUGAAACAACUUCUGCACAAAUUUCAAUUAAAUACGACAAACCCAAACUGAAUGAAAUCAUAAACUUUCAAAUAAAUGAAUCUAGCUCAAAUGAUGUUGGAAUUUUGGCUUGUGGUCCUCCAAAAAUGAUGGAUCACAUCAGAAAUAUUGUCUCCCAAAAUAUCACCAGUUGGGAUAAAAGUGUUGAUUUCUUUGACGAAUAUCAGACUUGGUAAGGCUUUUUUGGGAAUCUUUUUGACAUUGUUUUACCUUUGUUUUAGCUUCAAC